AGUGGUACUCAUUGGUAAUAACAACUUGUUAAAAUGGUAAUUGUUUGUUUUUGAGUGGUAAAUUUUUCAUUACCACAACUACAUAUAUACCAUUCGUUAGUCGUAACAAGUUAAUUUGGAAUUCAGGAUAUAUUUAAAUAUUUCUCAAAAGAAUAACAAUAUUUUUAACAGGACAAAAAAUAUAAUGGUCCGUUGCCGAAUUAAAUUUCUUUUAUGGAUCUUCUCCGUAACGGUAGGAGUCGGCAUGUUUAUCUUUUUGCUGCUUGAUAAUCAGACCAAAAUAUUGCCGACGAAUUUAUUCAGUGUGUUAAAUUGGGUUAACCAGGAAAGCAGCUUAUCCGCAAAUUGGCCAUCGGAAACGGAUAAAAUACUAGCAAAAUUAGAAACUGAGGAGCCCGAUUGGCAGGAAAUUACGGAGGCGGAAGUGUUCCAUAAUGAAACGUAUAAGCCUCGAUUUUUCGUCUACUCGGCGUACGUUGACUUUUACGAAAAUCGCGAUGUUAUACGGCUAAUCGCGGUAACGCCUACCUUCGCCAAAGAAGAAUUUUUCGCUCAUUUAUUUGACGACAAUCUAAAUCCGCUGGACACUUACAUCUGCACGAUUAGUUCGACGAGGGGUUAUGAACAAGGUGAAAAAUACAGCGCGGGAUUCUUUCUAUGCCGACAAAGGCAAAGUUCUGGUCCAUAUGCGAGGGGUAAUUUUCUACCGGCGGUUAGACACGUGUCAGUAACACCGUUUCCAGACGCACCCAGUUUGGACCGGGAUGGCCACAGAUUAUUUUCCAACUUGUUGAGACUAUCACAGCCAAUCGGAACAGAUGUCGAGGAGCCGCACAAAUUUGCAGUAUGCGUACCGCCGGCGUACGAUAAUUUCGACAAUGUCGUCCUGUUCUUAGAAUGGUUGGAGUUCUACAAAAUGAUGGGUGUCGGCCACUUCACCUUUUACAAUGUGUCGACAGAUCCUUCCAUCUCGUGCGUAAUGAAUUCGGCAUCAUUUAAUGCAGAGACACCUGCAACAAUUUUAAAAUGGACGUUUCCCAUACCAUCCCGCAUUAACAGUCAACUAGCGCAAGAGAGCGAUUGUGCCUUUAGAUACAGAGGAGUAGCCAAGCACAUCAUCGGAGUCGAUUAUGACGAAUUUUUCGUUCCGAACUACACCUUGGCUCGAAAUUAUGCCGAGUUAAUCAACGCUUUGGACACGGCAUGGGCCAGCGAGCCAAGAGAUGGGAGUUUAGCAAGUUAUCAGUUUCAAUCAGCCUUUUUCGACCCAGAUUUUAGUCAUUUCCCAGCCUCCAAGGUGGAAACCCUGCCACGUGUCAAGUUGGACCAAUUAGAGUUGGAUGACAUGGUUUUGUACAGAUAUGUGACGCGGGCGGAGGCGCUCUUUCCCUAUGAAACAAGGUCAAAGUUGAUAACGAAACCUCGAAAAGUGAUCGAACCCAGGCUAAGCUGGGUUGGAGAUGGAAUGCAGUAUCCAAUUCAACCAGAAUUUGCCUACAUUCACCAUUUCCAGAGAUUUUAUAUGUGUGAAAACAACUGUACUCAUAUUUCGAAAAUUACCGAUUUCAAGGGCCACUAUUACGCCACCGAAGUUUUAUGAAAGGCACAAAAAUUGGCUACCAAAUUGAUUGAAGAAUGCAACUUGACAUGAUUGUUGUGGCAAAAUUUGUUAAUAAUAUGGACAAAAAUUACAAUAAAAAGUGCUUAUUACACAUUUAUGUAAACAUGAGUGUUUCUUUUUUGUGCGCAUAUUACUUUUUGUGUAUGCAUGUACUCCAAAUAAAAAGAUGUAAAAUUUACUCAAGGGU